CUCUCUAUAUAGUACGGGCGGUCGCUGGAAGCCAAUGAGACACUUGCGACAAAUUCCAGAAUAAGCGCACGGGGCACGAGAGCCGCUGAGCCCUUGUUUUCGGGUGCGACGUUUGUCUGUUGUCUGUGUUACUCAGGACUCUGAGGAGAUGGUGAAGGAGACCGGAUACUAUGAAACCCUUGGGGUAAAGCCAGAUGCCACCCCCGAUGAAAUCAAAAAGGCAUACAGAAAGCUGGCGCUGAAGUACCACCCGGACAAGAACCCCAACGAGGGGGAGAAGUUUAAGCUCAUCUCUCAAGCCUAUGAGGUGCUGUCCGACCCUAAGAAGAGAGACCUCUAUGACCAAGGUGGAGAACAGGCUAUUAAAGAAGGAGGACUAAGUGGGGGAAACUUUUCUUCUCCCAUGGACAUCUUCGACAUGUUCUUUGCCGGAGGAGGACGAAUGAACAGAGAGAAGAGAGGUAAAAAUGUCGUCCACCAGUUAUCUAUAUCUCUAGAAGAGCUCUAUAAUGGUGGAAGUCGGAAGCUGGCAUUACAGAAGAACGUCAUCUGCGACAAGUGUGAAGGCCGUGGUGGCAAGAAAGGAGCAGUAGAGAAAUGUUCAGCCUGCAAAGGUCGUGGUGUCCAAAUUCAUGUCCAGCAGAUUGGACCAGGGAUGGUCCAGCAGAUACAGACAAUGUGUUCAGAAUGCCGUGGGGAGGGGGAGCGCAUUAACCCCAAAGAUCGUUGCAAACAGUGUAAUGGAAACAAGGUUGUUCGUGAGAAGAAGAUCCUGGAAGUUCACAUAAAGAAAGGCAUGAAAGAUGGACAGAAAAUAGUUUUCCAUGGGGAAGGAGAUCAAGAACCAGGUCUAGAGCCAGGAGAUGUUGUUAUUGUGUUGGAUCAGAGGGAUCAUGAAUUGUAUCAAAGGCAAGAUGCCAACUUAAUAAUGAAGAUGGAAAUUUCACUAGUAGAGGCUUUGUGCGGGUUCAAGAGAACAAUCGAGACAAUGGAUGGACGAACUCUCCUCAUCACAUCUUUACCAGGUGAAGUCGUAAAAGAUGGACACCUGAAAUGCAUUCAGAAUGAAGGAAUGCCCUUGCAGCGAGAUCCGUUCGAGAAAGGUCUUUUGAUCAUCCAGUUCUCGGUGACUUUCCCAGAAAACCAUUGGCUCCCGACCGACAAGCUCCGGCUUCUAGAAGCUUUGCUUCCACCCAGGGAAGACCUAAUGGUCACCGAUGACAUGGAAGUUGUAGAACUUGUUGAAUUUGAUCCGAGGGAACACAAUAAACCAUACAGAGGGGAGGCGUACUAUGAGGAUGAAAGGCCUAGAGGAGGAGUUCAGUGCCAGACAUCCUAAUACCCUAUAGUAUGGCCAAAAGGGACUGUCCUGUGUUCUUGUGCUCCUAGGUCACACGAAGGCACAUUUGACUACUGGAUCUUGUGUUUAACGCAAACUUCAGUUACCGUUUGUUUUUGUUUUUUUCAGUUACUACGAGUUAAUGGUAAAAAAAAAAAAAACUCUGCUGUAUUUAUAUACACCUCUACCUGGAAAAUACUUGCG